AUGCAAUCAUUCCACCGGUACCACAACACAGGCUGCGAACAAUCUACCACGUCCCUUUCUCCCGACUACAUGCUUUUCACCUACGGCGGCCCACCGAUUCACACACCUAGUGUGACGAACGCGCUCUGUUCGCAAAUCAUACUCCCCGAAGUCUUCAUCGCAGUCGCGGCGAACCGCACUGCGUCUCUGUACGUCAUGUAA